GGCCGCUCCUCCCAGUCAAAAGCGAAAAAAAGAAGAGCGAGAAAAUGCCCUUCUCACUUUUACGUCUCCCGACGUCGCGGCAGCCCGACGGACUGUGACGAACGCAUUCGGGGGAGUUUGCGCUCUUGAGUUGCGCCAGUUCCGUGAAGUUUGGACACAUGGGCGUGAAAUCGCGCGGCGCGUGUAGAAGACGCUCCUGAAUCUGCGGCGGCGUCGCGCGGCAUCAUGAAGCCCCUGCUGCGCUCCGGCGUCUGGCUGUGGACGCUCGUGCUCCUCAGCGCUCUCCUCGAGGAGGUGCGUCUACAAGGCACUGAAACAUGUGACAACUUGACAACUCCACCUUCAACAUUACCAUUACUAACAACAACAACAACAGUGACAUUACCAACAAACUGCAGCAUAGACAGUUUGAACGGGAACAAUGGAAUUGACCUGACACCUGGAGCUGUGUAUCAGAUCAGCAUUAAUUGUUCAAACUGUAUCACACAACAAGCUAUGACAACACAGCCGGAAGUAGUGACAAAUCUCACUGUCACUGAGGUCACAACGUCCUCCAUGGUUUUGAACUGGACUAAACCAGUGGGAAACACCUCUUUCUAUAAAGUACAGUGGACUAAUGGGACGGGCAUGAUGACUUUAAAUACCACUACAACAUCUGUGAACAUCUCCAGCCUGACUCCUGGUGUCUUAUAUACCAUAAGCGUCACUGCAGUGGCAGAUGAUGGCGUCACUCAAGGGCAGAAUGCCAGUGUCUUCAAAUACACAAAGCCUGAAGUAGUGACAGAUCUCACUGUGACUGAGAUCACAACAUCCUUUUUGUUUCUGAACUGGAUCGAACCCAAUGGAAAUCACUUGUUCUAUGCAGUACAGUGGGCUGAUGGUACAUUAAGCUUGAAUGCUAAUAUCACUGAAAGUGAAUUUAAUAUAACAGGGCUGACUCCUGGAGUCCAGUACACUGUUACAGUGAUAACAAUAGCUGGAGAUAACCAGACACAGAGUGAUGUGGCAGCUGUUUCUAACUACACAAAGCCUGAAGCAGUGACAGAUCUCACUGUGACUGAGAUCACAACAUCCUUUUUGUUUCUGAACUGGAUCGAACCCAAUGGAAAUCACUUGUUCUAUACAGUACAGUGGACUGAUGGUACAUUAAGCUUGAAUGCUAAUAUCACUGAAAGUGAAUUUAAUAUAACAGGGCUGACUCCUGGAGUCCAGUACACUGUUACAGUGAUAACAAUAGCUGGAGAUAACCAGACACCGAGUGAUGUGGCAGCUGUUUCUAACUAUACAAAGCCUGAAGUAGUGACUGAUCUGACUGUGACUGAGGUCACAACAUCCUUUUUGUUACUGAACUGGACUAAACCAGUGGGAAACAGUUUCUUCUAUUACGUACAGUGGACUGAUGGAAAUUCAACCUAUAGUCAAAAUGUUACUGUGACAUAUGUCAAGAUCUCUAAUCUGACUCCUGGAGUUCAGUACAAUGUUACUGUGAUAACAGUAGCAGGAGAUAACCAGACACAGAGUGAAUAUGCAUAUGCUCCCCAAUACACAAAACCGGGUCAAAUCGUGAAUCUUUCUAUUAACCAAAGCUACACCAGCAUCAGUCUGAGUUGGACCCCUCCUCCUGGUCAGGUCUUCAUGUACAGCAUUGGGUGGAGCAAUGGUUCAACGGGAAACACCUUCAUCACGAAUAACUCCUCUGCUGUGUUGUCCAACCUGAGUCCUGGUACUAACUACACAAUCAACAUCAUUGCUGUUGCUGGAGACAGUCAGACAAAAGGGGACCCAUACAUUUUAUGGCGAUUCACAAAGCCUGAAGUAGUGACUGAUCUCACUGUGACUGAGGUCACAACAUCCUUUUUGUUACUGAACUGGACUAAAUCAGUAGGAAACAGUUUCUUCUAUUACGUACAGUGGACUGAUGGAAAUUCAACCAAUAGUCAAAAUGUUACUGUGACGUAUGUCAAGAUCUCUAAUCUGACUCCUGGAGUUCAGUACAAUGUUACUGUGAUAACAGUAGCAGGAGAUAACCAGACACAGAGUGAAUAUGCAUAUGCUCCCCAAUACACAAAACCGGGUCAAAUCGUGAAUCUUUCUAUUAACCAAAGCUACACCAGCAUCAGUCUGAGUUGGACCCCUCCUCCUGGUCAGGUCUUCAUGUACAGCAUUGGGUGGAGCAAUGGUUCAACGGGAAACACCUUCAGCACGAAUAAUUCCUCUGCUGUGUUGUCCAACCUGAGUCCUGGUACUAACUACACAAUCAACAUCAUUGCUGUUGCUGGAGACAGUCAGACAAAAGGGGACCCAUACAUUUUAUGGCGAUUCACAAAGCCUGAAGUAGUGACUGAUCUGACUGUGACUGAGGUCACAACAUCCUUUUUGUUACUGAACUGGACUAAACCAGUAGGAAACAGUUUCUUCUAUUACGUACAGUGGACUGAUGGAAAUUCAACCUAUAGUCAAAAUGUUACUGUGACAUAUGUCAAGAUCUCUAAUUUGACUCCUGGAGUUCAGUACAAUGUUACUGUGAUAACAGUAGCAGGAGAUAACCAGACACAGAGUGAUGUGGCAGCUGUUUCUCAAUACACAAAGCCUGAAAAAGUGACACAUCUCAGUGUGACUGAGGUCACAAAAUCCAUUUUGUUUCUGAACUGGACUAAACCAGUGGGAAACAGCUUUUUCUAUAAAGUACUGUGGACUGAUGGAAAUUCAACCUAUAGUCAAAAUGUUACUGUGACAUAUGUCAAGAUCUCUAAUCUGACUCCUGGAGUUCAGUACAAUGUUACUGUGAUAACAGUAGCAGGAGAUAACCAGACACAGAGUGAUGCGGCAGCUGUUUCUCAAUACACAAGUGAGAUUAUGAUGAUCAUUGUUUUUAAUUGUUACACGAUACAGAAAGAUGAUACAAAAUCAGAUGAAAGGCAAUUAGAAAAUAUUACAAUUCUUGUUACACUAAUGUGUAUCCAAUGGUAUUUUCCCUCCUUGUCCUGUACUUUUCCUGCUCUUACAGAGCCUGAAGUAGUGACUAAUCUCAUUGUGACUAGUUUUACAACAACCAUUUUGUAUGUGAACUGGACUAAACCAGUGGGAAAUAGCUUUUUCUAUAAAGUACUGUGGACUGAUGGAAAUUCAACCUAUAGUCAAAAUGUUACUGUGACAUAUGUCAAGAUCUCUAAUCUGACUCCUGGAGUUCAGUACAAUGUUACUGUGAUAACAGUAGCAGGAAAUAACCAGACACAGAGUGAUGUGGCAGCUGUUUCUCAAUACACAAAGCCUGAAAAAGUGACAGAUCUCAGUGUGGCUGAGGUCACAACAUCCAUUUUGUUUCUGAACUGGACUAAACCAGUGGGAAACAGCUUUUUCUAUAAAGUACUGUGGACUGAUGGAAAUUCAACCUUUAGUCAAAAUGUUACUGUGACAUAUGUCAAGAUCUCUAAUCUGACUCCUGGAGUUCAGUACAAUGUUACUGUGAUAACAGUAGCAGGAGAUAACCAGACACAGAGUGAUGUGGCAGCUGUUUCUCAAUACACAAAGCCUGAAAAAGUGACAGAUCUCAGUGUGGCUGAGGUCACAACAUCCAUUUUGUUUCUGAACUGGACUAAACCAGUGGGAAACAGCUUUUUCUAUAAAGUACUGUGGACUGAUGGAAAUUCAACCUUUAGUCAAAAUGUUACUGUGACAUAUGUCAAGAUCUCUAAUCUGACUCCUGGAGUUCAGUACAAUGUUACUGUGAUAACAGUAGCAGGAGAUAACCAGACACAGAGUGAUGCGGCAGCUGUUUCUCAAUACACAAAGCCUGAAAAAGUGACAGAUCUCAAUGUGACUGAGGUCACAACAUCCAUUUUGUUUCUGAACUGGACUAAACCAGUUGGAAACAGCUUUUUCUAUAAAGUACUGUGGACUGAUGGAAAUUCAACCUAUAGUCAAAAUGUUACUGUGACAUAUGUCAAGAUCUCUAACCUGACUCCUGGAGUUCAGUAUAAUGUUACUGUGAUAACAAUAGCAGGAGAUAACCAGACAAAGAGUGAUGUGGCAGCUGUUUCUCAAUACACAAAGCCUGAAGUAGUGACUGAUCUCAUUGUGACUGGUUUCACAACAACCAUUUUGUUUGUGAACUGGACUAAACCAGUGGGAAACAGCUCUUUCUAUAAAGUACUGUGGACUGAUGGAAAUUCAACCUAUAGUCAAAAUGUUACUGUGACAUAUGUCAAGAUCUCUAAUCUGACUCCUGGAGUUCAGUACAAUGUUACUGUGAUAACAGUAGCAGGAGAUAACCAGACACAAAGUGAUGUGGCAGCUGUUUCUCACUACACAAGUAAGAUGAUGAUGAUCGUUGUUUUACCUCAAGAAAAGACAAAAAAAGAAAAGACAAAUUAUGAUACAGAAAGAUGGGAGCAGAUUGUUGCACUAUAUCAAAUGUUUUUUCCGUCCCUGUCCUGUGUUUUUCCUGCUCUCACAGAGCCUGAAAAAGUGACAGAUCUCAAUGUGACUGAGGUCACAACAUCCAUUUUGUUUCUGAACUGGACUAAACCAGUGGGAAACAGCUUUUUCUAUAAAGUACUGUGGACUGAUGGAAAUUCAACCUAUAGUCAAAAUGUUACUGUGACAUAUGUCAAGAUCUCUAAUCUGACUCCUGGAGUUCAGUACAAUGUUACUGUGAUAACAAUAGCACGAGAUAACCAGACAAAGAGUGAUGUGGCAGCUGUUUCUCAAUACACAAGUGAGAUGAUGAGGAUGAUUGUUUUUAAUUGUAAAGAUGAUACAAAAUCAUAUGAAGAGCACUUAGACAAUAUCGCAAUUCUUGUUACACUAAUGUGUAUCCAAUGGUAUUUUCCCUCCUUGUCCUGUAUUUUUCCUGCUCUCACAGAGCCUGAAGUAGUGACUGAUCUCAUUGUGACUGGUUUCACAACAACCAUUUUGUUUGUGAACUGGACUAAACCAGUGGGAAACAGCUCUUUCUAUAAAGUACUGUGGACUGAUGGAAAUUCAACCUAUAGUCAAAAUGUUACUGUGACAUAUGUCAAGAUCUCUAAUCUGACUCCUGGAGUUCAGUACAAUGUUACUGUGAUAACAGUAGCAGGAGAUAACCAGACACAAAGUGAUGUGGCAGCUGUUUCUCACUACACAAAGCCUGAAAAAGUGACAGAUCUCAAUGUGACUGAGGUCACAACAUCCAUUUUGUUUCUGAACUGGACUAAACCAGUGGGAAACAGCUUUUUCUAUAAAGUACUGUGGACUGAUGGAAAUUCAACCUAUAGUCAAAAUGUUACUGUGACAUAUGUCAAGAUCUCUAAUCUGACUCCUGGAGUUCAGUACAAUGUUACUGUGAUAACAGUAGCAGGAGAUAACCAGACACAAAGUGAUGUGGCAGCUGUUUCUCCCUACACAAAGCCUGAAGUAGUGACUGAUCUCACUGUGACUGAGGUCACAACAUCCUUUUUGUUACUAAACUGGACUAAACCAGUGGGAAACAGUUUCUUCUAUUACGUACAGUGGACUGAUGGAAAUUCAACCAAUAGUCAAAAUGUUACUGUGACAUAUGUCAACAUCACUAAUUUGACUCCUGGAGUUCAGUACAAUGUUACUGUGAUAACAGUAGCAGGAGAUAACCAGACACAGAGUGAUGUGGUAGCUUUUUCUCACUUCACAAGACCUGGCCAGAUUGGAGCGCCUACUGUUAACCAAAGCACAUCUAUCAUCUCUCUGACCUGGACAUCGCCUUCUGGCCAGGUUUUCCAGUACAAAGUGGUGUGGCAGAGUAAUGGCGCACCCACGACCACAUACACCAGCAUUAACUCCGUCGUGCUAUCAAACCUGGCUUCUGGUACUCUCUAUACAAUCACUAUCAGUGGCGUUGCUGGGGACAACCAGACAGAAGGAAACCCUUACACGCUGAUGUCCUUCACAAGGCCUCAAAUGCCACAGAACAUCACAGUGACGGGACGAGGAACUAAUACUCUGAGCAUUAACUGGACUUUGCCUAGUGGGAGGGUUGAUUCCUACGUGGCAAAUAUCUCUGAUUUAAGUCAGAAAUAUCUUAACAGCAGUACAACAAAUCUCACCGCAGCCAGUUUUACUUUCUUGUACCCUGGGAGAAUUCAUUUAAUCUCAGUGACUGCUGUAGCUGGGUCGUUCUCCAACACAUCUGGGCUGCUUCAGUUUGCCACUGUUCCCAACCCUCCUGCUAACAUCACCAUCAGUCAGAGGACUAACUCUUCCCUCAGUCUGCAAUGGCCGACUCCUUUUCAAAUGGAGAGUGCUCCAAACAUCAGCUAUGCUAUCACCUACCAACCUCAAGGCGGCGUGUUAGAAACGCAGGUCUCCUUAGGGAACAGCACAAAUCUGCUUCAGCUUUUGUCUGGAACUUCGUACAGUAUAACUGUAGCAACAGUCGGACCCCAGAAUUUAACAAGCACAAUUGUCUUUGGGUCUUACUUCACCUUGCCCAAUCCUGUGGAGACCCUUACAGCCAGUCCCCAGUCCAAUACCUCAAUCUUGGUGACGUGGUAUAAUCCACUGGGGUACCAGUCAUAUUACAAAUAUUUGGUUAACACCAGCACAAAUUCAGUAUUUUUUAAUCAAACAGUUAGCACUAACAAUGCCAAUGUGUCGAACCUGACCCCAGGCACUGCUUAUAAUGUCAGUGUAACGACGAUCGCAGCAGAAGGAAGUAUAUCCACAGGCACACAGACAUUCAGCUACACAAUGCCCAAUGCAGUGACUGGCCUCGCAGCCACAGUUUUAAACACAACCACCGUCCUGCUGACAUGGGCCAGGCAGAGUGAUAAAAAGGAUUCCUACUCCUAUGAGGUGAUCGCCCUCGACGGCGCCACAGUGGUUCAAGAUAGAACAACCAUUACGGAGAACUACACCUUCUUCGGUCUGACCUCUGGGAAACUGUACACGUUUAAUGUGUUUACAGUUGUAGCAGGAGUCAAAUCCACUGUGCAGACCACAUUAAGUUACACAUGGCCUGACGUUGUGUCUAAAAUCAACGCCAUAGGCAGCACAACCAACAUGUCUGUGAGCUGGACACUAGCGGCUGGGCAGGUGGACACCUACAAUGUCAUGUUGUACAGAAACAGCAGUGCAGUACAGCCAAUGGUGAUGAAUCUGAGCAACACAACUGUAAACACACAGUUUCAGGGCCUGACGCCCGGCGUGGUUUACUGCGUCGUGGUCGUCAGCAAAAGGGGACCUGUUAGCAGUAAUAGCUCAAGCAUCUGCAACGCAACCUUUCCCAAUCCUCCCGGCCCCAUCACAGUGGUCAGUCAGACGGUGUAUUCCAUCAACUUCACCUGGCAAUAUCCAGGGGGCAUGGACUACAGUCAGUACAGCUUCAUUGUGUUUACUGCAAACAGCUCCGUUCUGAUCACAAGCAACAGCUACCUGCUGGCCAGUCUCCAACCUGGAAGUCUUUACAACAUCUCUGUUGUUACUCUUGGCAUCUUGAGCUAUACAAGCACAGCAGUAACAGCACAAAACUAUACUAGACCUAAUUCAGUAAUUAACCUGCAGCAGACACAGAUCACCACAAAUUCAGUAACCUUAACGUGGGUGCAGCUGACAAAGAACUCUUCCUAUUCGUAUAUGGUGCAGUUUACCAACGGCUCCUUUAUGAAUUUUACUGUGGUUUCAUAUCCCCCAAUAACAAUCACUGGGCUUCUGUCUGGGAGCAACUACAACUUCACUGUCAUCUCACAAACAGCAGACUACACUCAGGCAGCUCCCGUGACAGUAUCCUACUUUACACGACCAUACAACGUAACAGGAAUAAAAGUUGUUACCUUGAACACAACCGCUGUGAAUUUAUCUUGGACGCAACCACUGGAGUAUAAAAACAAAUAUACUUAUCAAGUAAACACAACAGGCUGUGGUUCCGAAAGCAGUAGCUUCCCAGGACAAGUGGCAGUGAUCUCAGGUCUCACCCCGGGGACCAACUGCACUGUCUGUGUUUCUGUCAGGGCAGAAGAUGGCACUGAAGGGGCAGCACAAUGCCUCUCUCAGUACACUCAGCCUUGGCCAGUGCAACCCAGUAUCUCCAGUCAGGGCUCCAACAGUUCUGUACUGGUGUCAUGGACCAGUCCACCUGGAAAUGUAGAGUAUUAUGAGGUUCAGCUAAACGGAACCAAUCAGGCCCCAGUUGUGAUGAAGGCGCUCCCUCCCAAUACCUCUGUCGUGAUCGGCAGCCUGUCUGCCGGAACGCUUUACAGUGCUGUUGUAAUCAGUUGCAGUGGACCCUUCUGUGCCUCAUCCAUAAACAUCACAAACGCAACAUUUCCUAACCCUCCUGGGCCAAUACAAAUCCUGACAAAGACGACCAGCUCCAUUAGCAUUAUGUGGAUGGCAGCUCCUCUGAUGGCAAAUGCAUCCUUGUACUACCACCUGACAAUCCAGUCAGCACAGGAAUUAGACAAUGACACAUCCAGCACCAAUUACACAUUUACCCCCUUGCUUUCGGGGACUUCCUACAACAUCUGCGUUGAAACUGUGGGUGUGAUGGGAUUUGUGAGCAACAUGGGUUGCAGUUACAUAAUCACAACAAGACCGCAGCCUGUGAACACUGUGAUGGCUGUUAUGGCAACGGUGGACAACAUAACAGUUGAAUGGACCAAACCUGGUAACUACCAGGCAAGCUAUUAUUACAUUUUGGCUUGGCAAAGCAAAAACGGACCUAUGAACAUUACAACUAAAAACCAGAACUUCAUAAUCUAUGGCAUGGAUCCCGGCAGCCAAUACAGUUUUAACGUCAUCACAGUGACCUCUGAUGGCACACAGGGUGAUCCAACAGGGAACUCCAGCUGUACAAAUGCAAGCCCAGUGAUCAAUGGAAGUGUGAUAAGUCCAAAUGGAACUGAUGCAAAAAUCCUCCUGUCAUGGAGUAAACCCAGUGGUCAACACACAGGCUUUCUGGUCAAUGUAACAGACACCCAAAGUGGCAACAUCACCCCUAUGACGAGCCAAUGUUGUAAUAAAACAAUAUCUGGUCUCCUUUACAAUCAUCUAUAUAUUGUGACUGUGGUGACGCAGAGCUGUGGACAGUCUAGCACUUCCGUGUCUCUAACCUGCACAACAGGCAUCACGAAUCCCCCCAUACCAUCUGACUAUGCAUCGCUGACGACUGUGGCUGCCACGUCAUACAACCAGUUUUCCAUUCAGAUCCAGUCCCGUCUCUUGAAUGACAUUAAUGGAAAAAUCACACAAGUUGGGGUAUUGGUGGCAAAGAACCCUCCUGUAGGUCCAACCACUGGUUGGAACCAGUAUUUAACUGUGACUUACGACCAGUGGCAGACAUCAGGUGCUGCAGCAUAUUUGGCAACAGUCCAAAACACCAGCUCUCUGACACGCAGUGCUGUGUUAAUUAUAACCUUGGGGGAUGGAUCCCAGUGGCUUGAUUACGUUAAUGGACCACUGGCUCCCACUGCAAGCUACCAAUAUUCCAUAGUGCUGUUUACCAGUUUAAUUGUAAAUGGUAAUCAUGUGGAUUGGUCGUCCCUCGUGUCAAUAACACCCUUCUACAGUGUGGUUACUCUACCUCAAAAUCCAGCAAUUGUCACUGGCCUUGCUGUGGGAUUUACAACAGGGUUUUUAGUCGCCAUCUUUAUAAUGCUCAUUGGCGGGUUUAUCUACUGGAAAAGGUCACACACAAAAGAACCGAACAUCCCCAUCACAACAAUGAGAUCCAAAGUAACCAAAAACUGUUUGUUUGGUCGAACUCUGGCUUGUUUGAGCAGAAGUGUGCCGGUCAGGGUGGAGGACUAUGAGGCUUACUACAAGAAGCAGAAAGCUGACUCCAACUGUGGCUUUGCUACAGAAUUUGAGGACUUGAAGCCUGUUGGCACAAAUCAGUCGAAAGCGCAUGCUCUUAAUCUGGAGAACAAGUCCAAGAACCGCUACAACAACGUGCUUCCCUACGACUCUUCUAGGGUGAAACUCUCUAUAGUCCACGGAAACACAGAGGAUGACUACAUCAAUGCUAACUACAUGCCGGGUUACAACUCCAGGAAGGAGUUUAUUGCAGCUCAAGGUCCUUUGCCUGUCACAGUCAAAGACUUCUGGAGGAUGAUCUGGGAGAAGAAUGUACAGACCCUUGUUAUGCUGACACGCUGUAACGAGCAGGGACGGGUCAAGUGUGAUCAGUACUGGAGCUCUGGCACCAAGCACUAUGAAAACAUCAGUGUCACCACAGCUGCUGAAAUACCGCUUGAAGACUGGACUAUCAGGGAUUUUAGCAUCAAAAAUGUGAAAACAGCAGAGACACGUUUGGUGCGCCAGUUCCACUUCACAGCUUGGCCAGAUCAUGGAGUACCAGAAACUACUGAGCUCCUGAUCAGCUUCAGACACCUGGUCAGAGAGCACAUGGACCAAUACUCCAAACAUUCCCCUACUGUGGUCCACUGCAGCGCUGGUGUUGGACGAACAGGCACCUUCAUAGCCAUUGACCGUCUACUCUUCCAAAUCGAAAGGGAAAACAGCGUAGACGUGUUUGGCAUUGUCCAUGAUCUGCGCAUGCAUCGGCCACUCAUGGUGCAGACAGAGGACCAGUAUGUGUUCCUCAACCAGUGUGCCUUAGACAUCAUCAGGUCAAGAACUGGAACCAAUGUGGAUCUCAUUUACCAAAACGCCACUGCACUCUCUAUUUAUGAAAACAUACAACCCAAAAAGGGAUUACAUAAAAAUGGUCACCCUCUGUAACCCGAAGAGACUAUUAGCAGAUUGUGCUGUAUUUAUUUUUGUACCUUUCAGGGAUCCAGUAGAUUUCUGGAUUUAAACAUAUUUUUGUAUUUAUUUAUUAAAAUGGUAAAUUUGUUAUAAUAGAAAAGACUAUAUAUGAAAUCAUUGACCAAAAAUGCUUGGUUUACACAUAGACACUGAAUAUCUGCAAUAUUGUGGAUGUAGUAUCUGUGGUAUUACAGACAUUUGAUUCUUUUAAUGGAACCUCUGGAAUUGCCAUGUACAGAGAUCCUGGCAUAAAUAAAAGCCACUCACUUAGGAAACAACUGUAAACUUGUUUAAAGAUCUUUUUUCAUGUAAAUAUUAAUUAGUGCUCUUUGCACUUCUUGUGUUUGUGUCUGAAAUUCUUUUUCAUAAAUAGGUUUGUUGUAAAGUUGUUUGUAUUUGAAUGCACUAUUGCACACAUUAUUAUGCACUGGAUGCAAUCCUACACUGUCCAACAUGAGCUCUUUUUUUUAUAUCUUGUUAUAGUUUUACUACUGCUUGGUAAAUGCUUAAAACUUUUAGCUUUUAAGCCACAAUUGAUUGCAAACUUAUUUUAUAUCACAUCGAGAUAAUGCUCAGGAAUUGAAAAUUAAAGCUAAAUAUUUUACUGUAAGACAUUGUUUUGGACUAUAAGUGAUGAUUCAUGCCCAUUUGUGUAUUCCUAUAGUGUGUAGAAUCUUUGUGAGUGAAUGUAGCAAAGUCGUUUUUACAAGAAAGUAGCUGCAGUAUAAUUAAAGAAUUUUAAUUAUUUUGUUAAA